AUGGAUCUGGUCUACCCCCGACCUCUCGGCGCGGGCGGUCGACUUGUCAGAUCGGGCGGCCGUGGUGUCGAUGAUCCCGCUGCAGCGCAACUCGCCGUACCCCCCCAACUUGCAUGUGCACGGAUUUGACAACCCGAUUGACGCUCAGGACCUGGCGAGGAUCAGAGUGGAGGGUCGGGCGCUCGCGGAGAUCCUCGGAGCGCCCGUCGCCGCCGUGGCAGGUGCGGCUGUGCCCGACGGCGCCGUGCACAUGUACUCGGACCCGUCGUGCAAGUUCUUCGCGGAGGAGGUUGACGACAAUUUGCUGGGCUCAGAGGCGACGACCGUGGCGAGGGGCCCGGUCGCGCUUGUGAAGCGCGGCGACGAGUGGACGACGGCAGAGCGGGUCCCUCCGAGAGACCAGUUACGCUGGAUGCAGGAGAAGUUGUGCGGCGAGAGCAGAGAUUCGAGAUUGCUACCCUUGCAGCUGGAUCCGAACACGCAGACGCGCUCAACGACCUUGAGGGAGGCCGUCAAGUUACUGAAGCAGUCGAUGCAGGCCGACGGGUUCCCCUUCCAGAAGAGUCGUUCGAUCUUGGAGUUAGCCAAGGGAGUGGCGGCGUCUGGGCACAAGUUCGGCACGUACCACACUUUCUGGGUGAGAAGCAGCACGGUGGGAGAGCGCACGGCGGUCGCCAUCGAGCAUUUCCACCUGGUGAUGUUGCUGCACAUGAUGGUGUGUUAUGAUCAGUUGAACUUGCCUAACAUGGCCGCGGCGGAGUUCGCGUCGCGCUGGGUGCUGAUGAUCCAGCGGGCAGUGCGCCGUAAUCCUCGGGACCCCGAUUUUGAAGGCCUCGACUCGUUCAUGGCUCAUGCCUUCGAUGCCAGCGGAGGAGUGGUCACGACGCAGUUCGAUCAGGAGAUGGCCGAGAUGCGCAAGACUCAGGCCAUUAUCAUGAAGAGCGAUCGUUCGUUGAAGGAGGAGUCUGAGGCCGACUCGAAGCGCCAGAAGGACGGCAACCACAAGGACAAUAACAAGGACAAGAACAGCGACCCGAAAGGGACGAGCCGCGGGUUGCACCUGGACGUCGACGACGGCGCUCUCGUGCUGGACUCGGCGAGCCGGGACGUCUUUCCCCUUCCUUGUGUUGGAGAUCGGUGGGGCGCCCUCAAAAGCGUCCUUCGAGCUCUGAACGUCUACGACUUUUCCACGGACGACGCCGCCCGCAGGCCCUUUGAUGCCUCCCGCGUUCGGGUCGUUCGUGACGGCGGCGUUCACCCCAAGCCAGUCGGCGCAGUGGUCGGGCCUGACGCUCGGCCAAUGGCGGCUGAUCCCUGGAAUUGGAUCUUCAGGACUCCAACUGAUGAGAACAGGAUCGCAGCGGAGGCAACGGUGAAGCCCUACCUCGACCCCGUGCUGCGCGACCCACGCCACAUGAGCGCUCUCGUGAAUAAGCUGAACGACGCGGGGAUGCUGUCCUUUCGCCGCCGAGCGCGCUGCUUCGUGGGCGCCUUCACGGUGAUCAAGAAGGACGGGCACCACUUGAGGCUCGUUCUGGACUGCAGGCCCGCAAACGUUUUGCACCGCGAUCCUCCGGUCAGUCAGCUAGCGACGGCAUCGGCCUCGGCGGGCUUCGUGUUGAGGGACGAUAUGCACUUCUCGGGCGCGGACUUGACCGACGGUUACUUCCAGUUCGAGUUUGAGGAGGUCGCCGGCUACUUUUGCCUGGCCCACAAGGUGCGGGCGAGCGACUUCGGCGUCACGAAGGUCUUCGAUGACGAUCGUCGAUGCUGGGACUCGGUCGACUCCGACGAGAUGCUGUGGACGUGCGUGAAGGUUAUUCCGAUGGGCUGGACGUGGGCACUCUUUUUCUGCCAUUCCGCGCUGACCGACAUUCAGGUUUGUGCGGAGAUGAGGCGGCUUGGCAUCGAGGAUAGGGAGAUGGUGGACUCGCGAGUGCUUCGCGAUCGUCGACCGCCCCCCUUUCUCCAGCCCGGCCUUCCCAUCCUCGCGCCGUACGUGGACAACGCCUUCUUGAUCUGCUGGAACCGCGAGGACGCUUCAGAGUGCUUCCGAUACCUGUUGGAGGAGCUGAAGCGACGGGGUUUCGCGUGGCGGGUCGAGAUCUGCGCCGAGCGGGACGUCGUGCAGGUAGGGCUUCGGCUGCUGGGCGGAUCUCAGCCGUUCAUCCUGCACAAGACGGAGCGCACGUGGCGGUUGUACUACGCUCUUCAUUCUGCCAUUCGGUGUCGCCGCUUUUCGGAUCGGCGGGUACGACGCCUAGUGGGCCACCUGGUCAAUCAUUUUAUGCUGUUCCCGCCCUUCAUGUCUGUCUUGCACGAGGUGUGGCGCUGGCUCUCCGAGCACACGGAUCAGGUCGCAGAGCUGACCCCGGCAGUGAUUGGCGAGUUGCAGACAGCGGCGGGCCUUGUGCUCAUCACCCGACAUCGUGUUCGCCGGAAGACGGCGACUACGGUGUCUUGCUCCGACUCCAGCGGGGCGGGCUACGCGCUGCACGUCGGCCGGUUUUCAGAGCGGGAGGUGCUGGACGCGAUCAGGUGGCGGGAGCGCUGGCGAUUCAAGACCAUCGAGGAGUACACGCAGGACGACGCCACGGACUCCGACCCUUUCCCCAGCUCCAUCGCCGCGGACUCGACCUCGCUCGCCCCGGCCUUCGAGGAGGAGCUGGGCUUUGGCGAGGUGGGGCCAGCGGAGUUAACGACCUCUACGUGGAGCGCGGGCUCGUCGGCUGUGGCGUCGCGGCGGGCUACGCUGGGUGCCGACGCUCACGCCCUGCCGGAGCUCGCGGCGGUCUACUCUGACC